AUGGCUGCGCCAGGCGCUGGUUCCUCCUCAGGAGGGCCCGCCGCCCUCCAGCCGGCAGGAGAUGCCGGCCGGCCGCCGCUGCAUAUGGCGGCGCUGGUGUUGGCUCGCGGCGGCAGCAAAGGAAUCCCGCUGAAGAACAUUAAGCUCCUGGCAGGGGUCCCGCUGAUUGGUUGGGUGCUGAGGGCAGCCCUCGACUCCGGCGUCUUCCAGAGCGUGUGGGUUUCCACAGACCACGACGAAAUCGAGAAAGUGGCCAAGCAGUUUGGGGCAAAAGUCCACCGGAGAAGCUCGGAAGUGUCGAAAGACUCCUCUACCUCCCUAGAUGCCAUCGUGGAGUUCCUUCAGUAUCAUGAUGAGGUUGAUGUCAUAGGAAAUAUUCAAGCAACUUCCCCUUGUUUACAUCCCACCGAUCUUACCAGGGUGGCCAAAAUGAUCCACGAGGAUGGCUUUGAUUCCGUGUUCUCUGUCGUCAGGCGGCAUCAGUUUCGGUGGAGCGAAAUAAAAAAAGGAGUCAGUGAAGUGACAGUACCUCAAAAUCUGAAUCCGGCCAAGCGCCCCCGCCGGCAGGACUGGGAUGGAGAGCUCUAUGAAAACGGGUCUUUCUACUUUGCCAAAAGGCCGCUCAUCGAAAAGGGGUAUUUGCAGGGUGGGAAAAUGGCUUAUUACGAAAUGCGUGCCGAGCAUAGCGUGGAUAUAGAUGUUGACAUUGACUGGCCCAUUGCAGAGCAAAGAGUCCUGCGGUACGGCUACUUCGGUAAAGAGGCCUUGAAGGAGGUGAAGCUGCUGGUUUGCACCAUUGACGGAUGCCUCACCACAGGCCACAUCUACGUCUCGGGAGACGAGAAGGAGAUUCUUUCCUACGACGUCAGGGAUGCGACCGGAAUCUGCCUGCUUCAGAAAAGAGGUGUCGAGGUGCGGCUGAUCUCCGAGAGGGACUGCUCAUCGAAGACUCUCUCCGCCAUGAAGUUGGGCUGUGCUGCGGAAGUCAACGUGGCUGACAAGCUGCCGGUCGUAGAGAAAUGGAGGAAGGAAAUGGGGCUUUGCUGGAAGGAAGUGGCGUAUUUAGGAAAUGAGGAAUCGGAUGUGGAGUGCCUGAAGAAAGCUGGCAUGAGUGCCGUCCCUGCCGACGGCUGCCCUGCUGCCCAGAAAGCCACGGGCUACAUCUGCAAAUGCAACGGUGGCCGCGGCGCAAUCCGGGAGUUUGCAGAGCACAUAUUCCUCCUAAUGGAAAAGGUGAAUUCAACUGGAAAGAAACUCUGCUGAUAAAAUUCUGAAGCCACCACC